AUGAUUAAUUCUCCCAUCGCAGCAAACUUUGAGGGAAACACGAAAUACGAGUCUCUUCCACCACGAGAUUGUCAAGGCUACGACGGGGAUCUCGGCAAGAAUGGAAGGAAACUUCAACAUCUCGGUGACAAUCGACAGUACUGGCGAGACAUGAUUCUCGGUGUUAAUGAUGGUAUCAUUUCCACCUUUCUACUGGUAGCCGGUGUGGCCGGUGGUGGUCUGACAUCUCGAGACAUCUUGCUUACAUCCGUUAGCGGUGCCCUCGCGGGGGCAGUCAGCAUGUGUGCUGGUGAAUACAUUGCCACAAAAUCACAAAACGAAGUUAUUCAUGGAGAGCUGGCUUUGGAAAAAUUUCAUGUAGAGAGGUAUAGAGAUGAAGAACUUGACGAACUGGGUGAACUCUUGGACUUGAUCGGUAUUUCAAAGGACCAACGAACGUUGCGCAAGCUGAUUCACGAACACUACGGUCGCAAUCCGGAAGCCCUGUUGCAAAUCAUGUCUGCUCUUGAAUUUGGUGUUAUAGAUAAGGAAGAGCGUUCGCCGAUACGCGCUGGUCUGUUUUCGUGUGCACUCUUUGCAAUAGGAUCCCUGCCUUCCGUUCUACCUUUCGCCUGCUGCGGUGAAAACCCGACAAUGGGACUGAUUGUUGCAACAGGUUUGACAAUAGUAGCUCUCAUGAUUGUGGGUGCGGUCAAAACGUGGGCUACUCGAACGAAUUGGGUAUCCGCGGCGUUGGAAAAUCUUAUAAUUGCAGGAUUCGGGGGUGGUUUGGCCUACCUGGUGGGCAUUUUAUUCGACCAAUUGGUAAAAGUGUAG